CUACCCUGACAGGGAGAGUUGUCAACAGUGUCCUAAAUAAAGAGGCCUUCACAGCUCAAGCCCUGCGAUAGUCUGGCGAAGCGACCCUCAAGAGGAUAACGGUUACGAAAAUGGAUGGAUGGAUGUCUGACAGCUCAGACACUUGACUUGAACAAAAUAUGGUCCUGCUGACACUUACAGUAGCUGGAACUACCACAGAAGCCAUUUGAGUAUUUUUUCAGUGAGUGAAAGUGAACAUGAGGAGGUUACCUGAGACUACGUGUACAUGUGUGCGUCACCAUCACCUUGACGACUGAGGUGUAGCUGACCAUGAAGAGGAAGAAUUCGGGCCUCACAAGGCCUUGCCAUUGUUCAGAGAUCAGGGUCAGCCAGUGAUGAUCUUUCGCAGUUUGCGGAGAUGGACACCUUUAGCAAUAAGUUACAGCAGAAGGCUCUGCAGCAACCUAAGCAGAAGAAAUCCAAGUCGGCUGAAUUUCUGAUGGGGAGAGAGGAGAGAGCUGCUCUGGUGGGCAUAGAAAACCCAGCCUUCGAUGGAGGAGGAAGCACAGAGCUUUCUGUUCCUCCGGUUUGGCUGGGGAGAGAAAUUCGAGGUGACAGGCCAGAUAGCACCCUUGCAGCUCACCCAAAAAAAAUGGAGCUGCAAGCCCCUGCCAAAGAAAGAGGAAAUAAAUGUGCCCAAAAUUACUUUGACCCGUCGUCAGCAGAGCAGACAGACCCAAGGCAUUGCAGGACGGCUGGGGUCAGCGCUGAAGAUGAGCUGGAAUUAACAAUACUGAAUGCUGAUGAAAAUAGGCUGUACCAAAGAAUGGCUGCCUUGCUGGAUGAGGACGACACCUUCAUAAAUAUACCGGGUACGCUGCUAGCCUCCAGGGAUGAGGAGGUGUUGGAGGUGAAGGCGGGUGAUCCGGUGCUUCAGCGGCGACUGCUGCUCCACGGUGGUGGUGAUGCCUCGGGCUCCAGGCCCUCCCAGGCCCAAACCAUUGCCAAAACCCAGGCUGGGGCCAGUGCUGGGCUGGGAGGAGAGGCUGGACUCGAAGCUGGGAGGAUGGUAAUGGGCAGAGAGAGCACUGUAAAAACGAGGACGGUUGAGGAGGUGAUCCCCCACUACGCCCAGCAGCUGAGGGAGCGUGUGCGGCCUGACAUGAUCACGCUUGGCAGCCUUUCACUGCAGCAGCAAGUGGCUCAGAAGGGACCGCUGAAGAGGAGUGAGUGGGCAAAGAGAAAGAAGAGACUAAUGGCCUUCUUCGCUGGGAACGUUGAGGAGCCUCAUUCACAAAGAGACUGUGACGAGGCAGCGAGAGACGCGCCCCAGCCCAGGCUGAACACGCUGCUUCAGUGCAGCAGAACCAUUGAAAGCCCGUCACUCAGAGCGCUGGGGGAAGGCCAAGAGGAAACCACGGCCAAAUAUGGCCAGAUGACAGAGCUCCCAGCAUCCUCCUCUUCAGCGUCACGGCCCCGGUGGCAGGUGAACCAGAGCACGACUCCCCAGCCUGUGGAGGUGUGUGUGUGUUGCCUAAGAGCCACCAGAGACAAGCUACCCAGGGGCCUCUACACUGUCACUGUGGCCCUUCACAGCCAUCUAGGGGGUCCAGCUCUGGCCUGGUGCAGUCAGAAAGAGCUGCAACAAUGGGCGGCGUCCACUGAGCCGAUGGAGCAUCGGGGCCGCUCCUGCGACAUUGACCUGCACGUCAACCAGAGCCUGUUCAUGAUCUUACCUGCAGCCUGUGAAGUCGUCCCCUCCAUGGUCUUGGUAUUCCAACUGAUCGCACUACCGGGAAACAGCAGCCACAUCAGCUCCGUGCUGGCUUGGGGGGCAUUUCCUGUUUGUGGGCCGAGCCUCGGUCUCGUCCAGGGCAGGUUUAAAACCCCUCUGCUCAGGGGGGAGCCAAACACACGACUGGACCAGUUUAAAAAGAUUGAAGCCUUCAUCUCGUCUGAUCUAGACCACUGGCUGUGCAACCUGUACUUUCAGGUAAAGAGGCUCCCUUCUGGAACAUCUGGGGGGCCAGAGCGCUGCAUCACCCUGUCAGUACCCCCACCUAACCCCCCGGUCAUGCCCCAACCUGAAGUCCAUCAUGACCAAACCCAGGGCCAACCGCCACUCCAGCCCCAGCCCCCAUCGCAGGGCCAGCUCCGUCAUCAGUUAUACCCCCAACAGCAGGCACAUGCAGGCCCCAGCAGCAGAGCAGGAGAGCCCGCUGUGGUACACUCUCACCGGGGGUCUCCUCUCCACCUGUCAGCUGAUUCCGCUUGCUCUUCCUCAUCUCUGCCAGGGAAGAAUUCCUCCUCGGGAGCCAUUUCUGGAAACACGGGCGAGAAGAGUGAUCCAUGCAGGGAGAAAGCAGAGGGUGGGAUUCACUACAAGAAGAAGCCAAUCAAGAAGACAAAUAGCUGCGGCCCCAGCAUGAGCGGCAGCAGCGCGCCGCCUCGGCAGGCAGACAAACAGAAGAUGCAGCCUUCAAUGGAGAACCUCUCCACGGAGGAGAUGGAGGAGUAUACAUUCUCCCUACAAUCGGCACUGACUGGAUCUGGUUCCUGCCCCUCACGGCUGUCCGACCGAGCCCGCCUGGCCCUCCGCAUGCUGCCGUCCGAGCUGGGCCUGCCGUUGCCGCGGCAACAACAGCCGCAUAGGAGCUGGCGUGGCUCCGUGCGGCAGCUCGGCCUCAUUAUGCUGCUGCUGGCUUUGAUGUGGUUUGUGAGGCUCUACCUGCAUUACUGCAGCCAGUGGCUCUACCUCCAGGCCAUAGCAGUUCCUGUCAACAAAUUCCAGUUCCACGCACACACGGUGGACCUCGUGUACCAGAGUUCUCUGCUCCACACCCGGGAGGAGCUGGCGAUGGUGGUGGUGGGUCCCCUGACCUUGAACGCAGUAACGUUCCUGCUGGUUCUGAUCAGAUGGGGCUGUCAACAGAUAUUUGGCUCACUCCCUUCCUUCACGUCAAAGUUUAUCAUGGCUCAGGGAGUGUGGACAGUCCUCGACCCCCUGGCAGUCUUUGCAGUGGACGCCGUCCUCGGGCGUCUCGCCUACAGCCCAGACACACCGGUGGGUGAUGUAGCCAAGCUUUACUGGCACUUCUAUCGAGCCGACCAAUCAGGUGCAGCGGGAGUGAUCAUCACUCUCUUCCUGUACGCAGUCCUCUUCCUGCUGUCCAUCACCAUCCUCUCCAUUAAUAUGCUCAGGUUCCACAACGAUGGGCGCAUGCUAGACGUCUUUCAACGGCUCACAGCCAAGGAGGGGACGUAUUUCCUGCCUCAGGACCUAGAGCUGUCCAAUCAGGAGCUGAGCUACAUUGUCAAGAAGGCGGAGCAGUGGAGAGGCUUUAAUGGGGAGAGACGCAAGGUGGUGGUCUAUGACUAUAUCUGGACAGUGGAAGACCCCUUGGCAGGCUCUGCAGCCUUUAGUGACCCCCCAAGGGAAGGUGCACCACUACCAGAGGGCGAAACCAGCACCCAUGUGGCAGUCUACACCCUGUACCUGAGCGGGCUGAAACAAAGAUACAGGCACUUCCUCCGACAGCCGGAUGGGGCUAUCAUUGAGGUGAUCGGUGACAUGGAAGGGGUGGACAACGCAACCAGGAUGGUGCCCUGCGCCAGUCAGGGCUCAGCCAAUCAGAGGGAGGACAAGAAAGGCGCUGGUGCUCCACACCAGCUACGGAAACGGAAAAAAAUAUUUGGGCGGUCUCAUCGCGUUGAGCCGGUAGGAGGAAGCGGGUGUGGCUCCAGUUUUGCUCUGCAAGACCUCAACCAAUGAUAUCAAAGCAAAGGGAGAGAUAGGACUCUAAACUAAUGCAGACGGACAACACCUUCUGGAUGGCACGGGAA